AUGGCUGAUAAACUUACCAGAAUCGCGAUCAUCAAUAGCGACAAGUGCAAGCCGAAGAAAUGUAGGCAAGAGUGCAAGAAAUCGUGCCCUGUUGUUCGCAGUGGUCGCCUCUGUAUCGAAGUCGACGCCUCAUCGAAAAUCGCUUUCAUAUCCGAGACACUCUGCAUAGGAUGUGGUAUUUGCCCCAAGAAGUGCCCAUUUGGCGCAAUCAACAUCAUCAACUUGCCGACCAACCUCGAGUCUCAAGUUACCCAUCGUUAUUCCGCGAAUAGCUUCAAGCUGCAUCGCUUGCCCAUGCCAAGACCCGGACAGGUGCUUGGUCUUGUCGGAACCAACGGUAUCGGAAAGAGUACGGCCUUGAAGAUCCUGAGUGGAAAGCUCAAGCCCAAUCUCGGAAGAUUCGAAAACCCCCCAGACUGGGAAGACGUCAUCAAAUACUUCCGUGGCUCGGAACUACAAAACUAUUUCACGAAACUCCUCGAAGACGACCUCAAGGCUGUUGUAAAGCCCCAAUAUGUCGACCAAAUCCCCAAAGCUGUGCGAGCACCGGACAAGUCGGUCCAGGCCUUGAUCGAGGGCAGGUCUCAGAUGGACAACCUCAAGGAAGUCUGUGAUGUUUUAGAGUUGAAUCAUGUUAUGGAUCGUGAUAUCAACCUUCUUUCUGGAGGAGAGCUUCAGCGUUUCGCCAUCGGAACAGUCUGUGUCCAGCAAGCCGAUGUCUACAUGUUUGACGAGCCGUCGUCCUACCUGGAUGUGAAGCAGCGUCUGAGUGCAGCCAAGAUCAUCCGCUCCCUUCUCAAAUCAUCUAACUACGUGAUCUGUGUCGAGCACGAUUUGUCCGUGCUGGAUUAUCUUUCCGACUUCAUCUGUGUGCUCUACGGCCGCCCAGCAGUGUACGGUGUUGUUACUAUGCCUGCAUCGGUCCGUGAAGGCAUCAAUAUUUUCCUGGAUGGCCAUAUCCCAACCGAGAACUUGCGUUUCCGAGACGAGUCCUUGACUUUCCGCAUCGCAGAAGCCGGAGACGAAUUCAUAGUUGAUCGUUCGCGCGCCUUCCAAUACCCGUCCAUGGAGAAGACCCUAGGAAACUUCCAUCUUACGAUUGACGACGGUGACUUUACGGACUCGGAAAUUAUUGUGAUGAUGGGAGAGAACGGAACGGGAAAGACGACAUUCUGUAAGAUGCUGGCUGGCGCUACAAAGCCCGAUGGCAAUAGAAAGGUCCCCGACAUGAAGAUCAGCAUGAAGCCCCAGAAGAUCACACCUAAGUUUGACGGCAGUGUUCGCCAGCUGUUCUUCAAGAAGAUCAAGACUGCGUUCCUUUCUCCCCAGUUCCAGACUGAUGUUGUCAAGCCGUUGAAGCUCGAGGAUUUCAUUGACCAGGAAGUGAAGAACCUGUCUGGCGGAGAAUUGCAACGUGUGGCUAUCGUCCUCGCCCUUGGUAUGCCGGCUGAUAUUUACCUAAUCGAUGAGCCGUCUGCCUACCUCGAUUCCGAGCAGCGUAUUAUUGCUGCUCGCGUCAUCAAGCGAUUCAUCAUGCACUCGAAGAAGACAGCCUUCGUUGUGGAGCACGAUUUCAUCAUGGCAACUUAUCUCGCCGACCGUGUCAUCGUCUUCGACGGUGAGCCAGGAAUUGAGGCUCGCGCUCAUACACCCGAGUCCCUCCUUACUGGUUGCAACAAGUUCCUCAAAAACCUUGAUGUUACCUUCCGCCGUGACCCGACCAACUUCAGGCCACGUAUUAACAAGCUGAACUCUCAGCUGGACCAGGAACAGAAGUUGAGUGGAAACUACUUCUUCCUGGAUGAGAAUAAGAGUUGA